CGGGAGCAGGCAGGAGAGCACUUCCCAGGGUCCAGGCCUGUGCUGGCCGUCUAGGGACCAGGAGCACGCGAUUCGGACGCUUGAGAAUUCAUUUAUUUCUGAGUAAAUGAAUGGAGGAGGCAAGAAGACAUCUGCACAGAGAUGCCUUAUUAUUCACAGAUUCACAGAAAAGAGACUCAGAGAGAAGACCUGGGCCUGAGGUUGAGAUUAUCAGUCCCUUCUGUGUCAGGGGACACCAGGACAGGGGACAGGCCAGAACGGGGACCAGCACACUCAUGACACUUGCACCCGUUCCUGCUUCAGGCUGUCCGUGUCCUGAGCAUGGUCCUGAGUGUGUCCCUAAGGGUCCCUUGUCCUCCCAGCCCCCUGCGGCUUCCCCAUCUGGCUGCACGCUCUGCUCAGGGCCUCCGGGUGCGGCCUCCUUCAGCCUUGCUCUGCCCACGUGGCCUCUCCCUCCCCUGCCUCUGUCCUCCCCUGCCCUGGCCCCUCCUCCGCAGCCUGGGCAGCCUGGGCAGACAUUCCGAGGCCUGUCACUGCAUCCCUGCAGGCCAGGGCACCUGCCCCCCUACCUGGUGCUCUGCCACCCUCACCAGCCCCCAGGGCUGCCCGCUGUCCCUGGUGCCUUGCCCCUUCCAGCUCGGACUGUCCAGGCUGGAACUCCUUCUGGUCUUCGUCCGAGGCAGCACGGGUGGCCAGAGGUGAGAGGGAGAGGGCUGGGGAUGGGUUCAGAUGCUGCGCUGACGCUGCCUCCUGACCCCUGGGAGCAGCAUCUUAGCCCGGGGCCAAGGUCACUGAGAAGAGGUCAGAGGAUGCCGCUGGAGUCUGCUCGGGGAGUCUCAUCCCCGCAGCAGCCAGCCUUUGGUCUCUUCUCGAGUCGAGACCCCCUCUGCUCUGCCACAGUGGAGCCUGCCUUGGAGUCUCCCCGCUCCCAGGACUGUGAACCCGCGGGCACCUCUGCCAAGCAGCCCAGGCUCCUCGUGCUCCGGGUGGGACCCACUCAUGUCCCAGGCUGUUUGGGGACUUCCCCACUGGAACGUCUAGAACAGACAGACUGGCAGGACGUGCUCCGGGGCGAGACUGAUGCCCAGGCGCUCUUGCCCUGCUCCUGGAUCCCGCUGGCAGCCCAGCUCACCCGCCAGGCCGCGGCGUCCAGAGCUUUCAGAAGCAUCUUCCUGUUCCGCGCUCCUGUGUGGCACGUCUGGAGGCUCCGGGGCCCACUGCCAGCCACGUUCUGCAGACAAACGGGGGAGAAGGUUUGCCUGGCGACACGCAGCCCUGGGGCAGGGCAGGCUCUGGCCAUCUCCUGUCUGCUACUUUGUCCUCCUCUAAGGAGCUCCUUUGUGGAGACUCCACCGCAGUCCCUGAGGGUGUCUGCUGCGAGCUCUGGGAGGAGAGGCUCGAGGGGCCUGGCUCCCCACAAGGACGGCGUGGGGCUGUCGCAGUGACCCCAGGUGGCGAGCGAGGUCGGGAGCCCGUCUCUCCUGCUCUGAAGCCGGCAGCACUGAGUGGUGCUUCCGGAGAUCCGCAGGGGCAGGCGCCAGGAAGCACAGGGCCCGGUGGCUGGCUGUGCCUGCAGUGGUCAGCGGGGCUGGGAGGAGGCCGUGAGGCCGCCUGGGGCAGCGUCUCCCCCUCUGCCUUCCGGGUUCCUGGAGCUCUCUCUCCCACGCGGUGGGAGAAGGGGAUUCGUGAUUUAUUGGAAAAGGUUUCCUGAAAAUCCUUCCCCACGGGUGGCCAGGAGCUGACCUGCUGGGAAGAUGGAUGGACCGCUCACGUCAUAAAGAUUCCGAGGUGACAUUUUUGUGAGAGUUAUUUUCAGGGGGGUCAUGGCUGCUAAAUUGCAACUGCACACUCUUGCUGGUUCCCAGCCGCAGAAGAUCUAGCCCAGGGCCCGGCACCGUGAGGACUCAUUUCCCCAGGUCACCGAGGCACAGACACAUCCAUCCAGCCUCCCAGACGAGCGAGUGGCCCGGUGUCCUGGGCAGGAGGCCAGGACACCUGGAGGCCCAGGGAUGAAGCUCAGCUGGGGCAGUCCUCUUCCAGGGCCGCCGGGCACUCCCGUCAUUAAAGCCAUUACACGUGU